CAGAGUCAGAGAGAAACCCACAGCGUGUCCACCGCGCAGCGGCAGCGGCAGGUGGUCACUGGUGCCCUGUUCUUUGAUCGCAGUUUGUGAGGCGGAUUAUUGACAUGUUUUCUGCUUAGACCUCGCAGAUCUUCGGGAGGAAAAUGGAUGGAGCAGAAUAACUUCUUGAAAAAGCACUCAGUUCUUUUUACUUCUUCUUAAGAAGGCGAAAAGUGAACACAACGCUUCUCUGCGUACUGGCGUGCGUAAAGCUCUCUGUGUAGAGAUCCGAGUCAACUUGCGUAUUCUUUGAUUCGUUCUUUCAUCAUUUACUUUUUAUUUCAUUCAAAAAGCGUCACACUGCUAAUUAUGGCAUUCGCAAAGUUUAGUAAAAUUAUCCUAAAGAAGAAAGUCAAACAGUAUGAGCACGUCAACCGAGACGUGAACCCUAAUGACAUCUGGGAGAUAGUUGGAGAGCUGGGAGACGGCGCGUUUGGGAAGGUGUACAAGGCCUGCAACAAGGAGACUGGGGUUCUGGCUGCAGCCAAAGUGAUUGAGACAAAAUGUGAGGAGGAGCUGGAAGACUACAUGGUGGAGAUUGACAUCCUGGCUAAAUGUGACCAUCACUACAUCGUCAAGCUCCUAGAUGCGUUUUACUAUGAGAACAAACUCUGGAUCAUGAUUGAAUUCUGCGCUGGAGGUGCUGUGGAUGCUAACAUGCUAGAGUUGGAUCGUGGACUAACUGAGCCUCAGAUCAGAGUGGUCUGUCGGCAGAUGUUAGAGGCUCUAAACUACCUCCACCAUAUGAAGAUCAUCCACAGAGACCUGAAGGCUGGCAACAUCCUGCUCACCCUGGAAGGGGAUAUUAAACUGGCGGAUUUUGGUGUCUCUGCAAAAAAUACAAAAACGUUACAGAGGAGAGAUUCUUUCAUUGGGACGCCAUACUGGAUGGCUCCAGAGGUGGUGAUGUGUGAGACGAUGAAGGACGCUCCUUAUGACUACAAGGCCGACAUCUGGUCUCUUGGAAUCACGUUGAUCGAGCUCGCGCAGAUUGAACCCCCUCACCAUGAGCUCAACCCAAUGAGGGUCCUGCUGAAGGUCGCCAAGUCAGAACCCCCAACCCUGGAUCAGCCUAGUAAAUGGUCAAGGGAUUUUAAGGACUUCUUGAGGAAAGCUUUGGAUAAGAACCCAGAGAGUCGCCCCAGUGCAGCACAGCUGUUGGAGCACCCUUUUGUGAAGACGGUGACCUCCAACCGUCCACUGAUGGAGCUGGUGGCUGAGGCCAAAGCUGAGGUCAUGGAGGAAAUCGAGGACAAUAGAGAGGAAGGAGAGGAUGACGACACAAUGGAUCUCAUUGAGCCACCAGAGAAGGAGCCAUGCCAGACGAGUCAGACCAGUUUGGAUGAAGAUCAGUCGACGGACACUCCAAGCCCCACCACACCCUCACCUGUACCUUUACCCAGGAGAUUGGCUCGGCCCGGCAUGCCAACAGAGGAGCACCAAGCCUCAGUGCCUGUCCCCAUGCCACGCUUCGCCGUCUCUCACAAAGAUCCAAAGGAGGUGGGGGCCCAGCUGGCUGAUGAGGUGCUGGAGUCUGAGAAAGCUGAGAGCGAGGCCUCAACAAAGACCUCCAGCUCAGACUCUGGCAUUGAGGAUGGAAAGAUUACCCCCACAAUGGAGGAGGAGAAGGCGGCUUUAGAGACACCAGAUAAUGAACAGCCACCCCCAUUUGAGUCGACUACAGAAAAACUUGACAAUAUGAUCAACCAGGACAUACCAAGGGUCCAUAUAUCUGAGGGAGGGAUGACUGGCAGCAGAGACUCACCCACUCCAAGCUCGAGUCCCAACAUGACUCCUGGGUCCACUCCCACCCCAUCCUUUGCUGUUUCCCCGGUACCACAGCCUCACGAUGCUCUGAACGACACAAUAAGCAAAGGAAUGGCAAAUCGUCCGUCGAUGGGACGGAACGCGGAGCCGGCCUCGCCGCAAGCCAACGGAAGGAAUCACAAACGAAACUCGUUAACGGGCAGCAUAGGAUCGGACAGCAUGUCGAUUAAACAGGAGAACUUCACCAUACCUGCAAGGGACUUUUCCAGUAAGACUCUAAAGCGAACCAGAAAGUUUGUUGUGGAUGGCGUGGAGCUGAACGUGACCACCUCAAAGAUCAUCCGGGACGAUGACAAGAAAGAUGAGGAGAUGAGAUUUCUGAGGCGUCAGGAGCUGCGUGAGCUCCGUUUGCUGCAGAAGGAAGAGCAACGCGCUCUGGCUGUUCUCAACGGAAAGCUGGACUCCCAGAGGGAGCAAAUCCAGAAACGCUUUGACCAGGAAAUACAUGCCAAGAAGAAGCAUUUUGAUACAGAGCUGGAGAAUCUGGAGAAACAUCAGAAGCAAACUAUUGAGAAGAUGGAGACAGAACACAGCGCUAAACUCAAGGAAGAAACCAAACGCAUCAAAGCAGAGCAAGACCGAGAAUAUCACAAAUUCAUGGAUCAAAUAAAACAGAAGAAGAAGGAGGUUAAACAUUCGGUAGAGAAGAUGCCUCGGAGUGAACGUAAAGACACCUUAAAGCAGCGCAUGAGCUUCUUCCAGGAAACAAAGAUGAAACAGGAGGAGAAAUUUGUGGCGGACCAGAAGAACUUCCUAGAUUCAACACUGAAAAUGAUUCUUUCCAACAACAAGAGGGAGAUCGCAGAAACUGAGAGAGAAUGUCUCAACAAGAAGCAAGAGCUCAUCAGAGAGCGAGAGGCCACAUUAUGGGACAUGGAGGAGAAAAACCUCUUAGACAAACACCAGCUAUUGAAGCAGCAAAUGAAAGACCAGUACUUUCUUCAGAGGCAUCUACUCUUAAAGAAACACGAAAAGGAACAAGAACAAAUGCAGUCGUACAACCAGCGCAUGAUUGAGCUGCUGAAGAACAGGCAGCAGCAGGAGAAAACCCGGCUGCCAAAAAUCCAGCGUAAUGAGGCAAAGACUCGCAUGACAAUGUUCAAGAAGAGUCUGCGCAUCAAUUCGACAGGCAGCGCCUCAGAGGACAGAGAAAAGGUCAAGCAGUUUUCUCAGCAGGAGCAGAAGCGGCAGAAAGCAGAGAGGCAGCAUCAGCAGCAAAAACACGAGAACCAGCUGAAGGAGAUGAUGGGCCAGUGCGAAAGCAACAUCAGGGAGCUGCAGCAGCUGCAGAAUGAAAAGUGCCACAUGCUGAUUGAGAAUGAGACUCAGAGGCUGAAGCAUCUGGAUGAGCAGCAUGCACAGCAUAUGAAGGAGUGGAGGGAGCAGCUGAGAGUCAGGAAGAAGGAAAUUGAGGAUGAGCUGAGCGCAAAGAAGAGGGACCAGGAAGCUUUCUUUAUGAUGAAAGAGAGCGUAGACAAUUCAAACCCCAGCUCUCCCCACAAACUCUCCAAGUUUGUGCCUUACUUGGACUCGUCCAGCAUAUGAACAGACCUGCGGUGACGUUGCAUCUACCUGAGUUCAACACACAGAAACUGCACAGGAGUGUGUUCCAGAUGCCUGCUGCCUCUGGUUUCAUUUGCUUUAUUAGGAGGAACAAAACCCAAAACUUUCCAUGGAUUUCUAUGUUGCUUUAGUAAAUAUUUAUGUUCUAGCUAAUUUUUUGUAGCUAAUUUUUAUUUUAUCUUGAGUUAUUUUACAUAUAUUCAAUUAUGUCUCCAUAUAUAAUUGAAUGGAAAAAUGCCAAAUUUUCAGUUUUUAACUGCAUCUAAAAAAAAAAAUGAAAUAAAAAAGCACCCUUCAUGUUUAACGUUCCCAAACCAGGGAAGUUUGCGUGAGUGGAAGGAAUGCAUUCAGCCCUGGGAAAUUAGUAACUAAUCAAAAUAAUUUUCAGUCUAACUUUGGUUUUAUAUGUAUAAUUCUUCCCAGCUGUUUGGACUGUUCUAAAGCUUAACCUCUUGUUUUUGUCACAUAGCUGCCAAUGCCUUAUUUAUUUUUGUACUGAUAAAAGUCAUGAUCUUAAUUAACACUGUACGUUGAAAGUUUUUGUAUAAUUUCUGAUUAACAACCAUGAUUUGAAGGAGGGCUUUAAAUUAAUUUCUCAAGUGGGAUAUGAAUCCAAAGUUAUUUGAAUUGAACCAUUUUUUAUUUUAAAAAAGAACAUAUAGAUUAUUAUUUAGCUCAGUUAUCAAACAAGGGAAGGCAUAAUAUGUAUCAGAUAGUGUUGCUUAUUUUCUUUAACUUGCUGUAUAACUAGUUACACUGGAUGGGAACUGACAAAACCGAAGUAAAAUAUGUUUUUUAUUAUUAUUUUGCAUGAGUGAUUUAAAUGUUAGGUGUGCAAUUAUAUCCAGUGCAGUUAAUGAACUGCUUCUAACCAAUGUGCAAUACUGUGUGGAUGCCGCUUAGUUUUUUUUUCCUUUGCACUAAGAGGAGGAAUAAUAUAAAAAAGCUAAUUCCUAAGAUAGCUUUUCCAGCCUUUUGCUAAAAAAUAAUAAAUGAGUGUAAAAAUAGAUUUUGGCCUGCAGGAUUGCACUGAAUCAGGUACAGCUUAACUGCUCUCUCUUUAAUUAAAAUUGGUGAUUUCCAUUUCUUCAUCUAUGUAUUUCUUGGUUUACAUAAUGUUAUUUGUAUGAAAGGGGUUGUGAGUACAUAUGAAAAUUAUGAGAUGGAACCACUGGUGUAAAUAACUCAAUAAAUUUUUUUUAAAAAAAGA